AAAAUAAAGACCCGUCGGCUCACUCGCCUUUCCGGCAAUUUUUACCUUUUCUGCAAUUUUUUGUUGUUGUUUUUCCUUUCUUGUUGCAGCAGAGUGCAGGAGGCAGCACCAGUGGCUCCACUUUGAGGCUUGUCAAGGCUCAGCGCACGCACACAAACACACGCUCACAACCCAGAGCAAAAUCAUUUGCUCUCACCUGUCUCCAAACCCAAAGCAAACCUCCCGUCCAAGCAAUCUGCCAACGCUUGGAACGAGAAGGCACGCGAGCCAGAGUCUAAUGUAAGGGGAAGAAAUUCAGUGUACACUGGCAACUUUUCUCUGAAAAGCAAGUGGCCAAAAGGAAGGAAAGGAGCAUUUUAAGAAGAGGACAACUUAAGGAAGAAGAUUUCAUUUUCUGGAUUUCACACCAAACUUUGGAAAACUUUUUUUUUCCUUUUAGUUAUUAUUCUGCGCACCUUCUUCUAAGAACAUUGAGACAUUGUUACCUGCAUGUAAAAGCUUUUACAGAUACACAUUUUUUUUAAAGGGAAGAAAACCAAGCGGAAGAAUAGCAUGUGGACCACCUAGCCGAAGGCACCGCUGAAGCAUCCCUUGCGGCAAGGGGGACCCAGACUCUGGAUGUGUAUAAUUCCGAGAGACUGCAUUUUUUUCCCACCGGGCUUAUGAGAUAGCGCAGAGGCAGGCGAGUCACCGCGAAUUACUUCUGUCUCCCCUUACCACCUCCACCUCCACGUCCUCUUCCAAGGGCUCCUGCGCCUCUCCCACCUCCUCCCGGCUGGCAGGGGACAUGGGAACGCGCAGCGCCCUCGAUGCCUGAGGCCGGGCGGCCGCGGGGCUGUCUGCGGGAAGCGCUUCCCUCCCGGGGCUCGCCGUCCAUGUGCCCGCAGCCGGCGGGGCCUGGAGUCGGGAUGAAUUUCGGCGUGGUCUUCGCGUUCAUCCUCUCGCUGCCCCUGGCCCGCAUGGAGGGGGACCCCAUACCCGAAGACAUUUAUGAGAUUUUGGGUGGCAGCUCAGUGCGCUCCAUCAGUGACCUCCAGCGUGCCCUGCGGAUAGACUCCGUAGAGCAGGAUGGCUCGAGCCUGAACCUGAAUGCAACUCAGCCCGAUCAAAACCCUGCGGCCCUGUCUCGAGAGCGACGAAGCCUAGAUGCUCUGGCAGCAGCAGAGACAGCUGUCCUCGCGGAGUGCAAGACACGGGAGGUGGUCUUUGAAAUCUCCCGCAACAUGGUGGACAGCACCAACGCCAACUUCGUGGUGUGGCCGCCCUGCGUGGAGGUGCAGCGCUGCUCUGGGUGCUGCAACAACCGCAACGUGCAGUGCCGCCCCAUGCAGAUCCGCGUCCGGCACGUCCAGGUGAACAAGAUCGAAUUUGUCCAGAGGAAGCCAAAAUUCACAAAAGUCGUUGUGCCUUUGGAGGACCACGUGCAGUGUCGGUGUGAAGCCGUGUUCCGACCACCCCCCAGGAACAUCCGUCCAGGGCCACGUGAACAGAGACGCUUGUCACCAGCGUUCACCACAGCCGCUGUCUCACAGAGGCGGCGAGUACGCCGGCCGCCGGCACAGAAGAGGAAACAUAAGAAGUACAAGCAUGUCAACGAUAAGAAAGUGCUGAAAGAAAUCCUCAUAGCAUAGAAGUGCUGGCAGGGGAGAGAGAGCACAAGGUUUAUUUAAUAUAUUUGCUGUAUUGCCCCCAUGGGGUCCUUGGAAUGAUAACUUUUCCUCUUUGUCCAUCUGCCUCGACGUCUGAUUCAGACGGCAAUUGGUGCUUCCCUUUCCAUCAGUGGACCUUCUCCCACCAAAGCCUCCCUUUCAUUUAUUAGCAUAAUUUUAAAGUUUUACACACACACACACACACAAAAGGACAAGGAUGACCUACAUAUAUAUAUAUAUAUAUAUAUAUAUAUAUAUAUAUAUAUAUACCUAAGAGAAAAGAACAAAGUACAAACAAAACCCUGAAUGCCAACAGCCAGAACUUGCGAUGAGAACAGGACAUUUCCUUCCCUGCUUCAGAGGACAGGAUGGAAAAUGUGAAAAGGAAAGCAGGUCCAAUUUCUUUCGAGAGAAGGAGAAAAACAGAUGGACAGAGGCCAGAAUGGGAAUAUUCUCCCUUUCCCUCAUGCUUCUGAUAAGGCUGGGGGGGCCCACUGAGAUCUACUCUUGCAUUGGACCUACCUUUUGGAAACAGGCAAAUCUGAGAUUGCGAGCGGCGACCAAUGAUGGAAAAUGCACUAAGGACUUUUAUCGCCCUACCUGGACAGAUAUAUAUUUUUAACGUGCGUGUGUAUAUUUUAUUUUUAAAAAGAAAAACCAAAACCACUAAGGUAUACAACAUCUCGGGGAACAGAACAAACAAGCAAACAAACAAAGAAGCCAAAUGCAUUCCCCCACUCCCUCUUUCCCCUGCUCCUGGUGCUGACUGGAAGGUGUUUGGAUCGUGGGGAAGGAGCACACGGUGGCAGAAUCGUCUCCACGCCCCCGGCCCCUGCCAAGGGGAGCCAUCUUUGCACAUGCUGGUGGAGAAUUCAACUUUCCAGGCUCGGACUCAAAUUAUUUUUUAAAUUCACUCUGGACGUGUGCGUGUGUAUAUGUGUGUGUGUGUGUAUAUAUAUAUAUAU